AUGAAGGCCGUGGCCUUGGCUGUGCUUCGGGUUGCUGCAGAUCGUGACCCGCUGGAGAGCUGGGACAGCGAGGAAGCGCCGGCGCCAUCGCGCGCUGCAGCCUUCUUGGACUGCGAUGGCUUGGGCGAAGAUCAUGUCUUUUGGCCCAUUUUUCGCAGUGCUUUGAACCUGGAGGGCGUGUUGGGCCAGACCACUUUGGAGUUGGCAGUAAGGAAAUGGAGUGAGUGGGAAAGCUAUCAAGACUACAUGGUGCAAAGUGGUCAACUUGCCGGUGACAUUCUUACUGUGCCUGGAUUGACGUAUGCGAAUGGUUCAGAGGUGGAACUGCGCAUCAACGGACUGAUCGAUUUGCCGGUGAUCUUUCAGAAGGCCGCCUAUUCACAGCUUUUCGACCAACCACCGAAGUGGGGAGCCUCUGAAUAUGUGGGUUUCCUGUCAUGCCCUGUGGGCUUUGUCCUGGUCCAAUACGUGAUUUUCAUUGCGAACAAAGUUCGAGGAAACUUGGACCCAUCGCUUUUGAAGGACUACUGGGAGGGGAUGGUCAAUGCGUUUGGUUUGAUUUAUGCAGUGCCCUCGUAUGUGCUCGACCAUUCGGAGUCUGCAAACUGGGGCCUCACUUCCUUUGACAUCGCUGUGAACCUCAACGUGGAGAGGAGCUAUUAUCGAAAUUACGAGGCCUACUGCCAAGAGACGCCAAUUCCACCUCCUCUUUUGACCCAUUGGUCCCACGACCUACCGUCCUUCCAGUCUUCCGACUGGUGGUGCGCGAAAAGCACGACAACGUCUGAACCGUUGCGUGUGGCGCUCAUCGGGGAGCAUGGCCCGGUGAACUUGGACCAUUUGAGCACCACAGAGGCCGUUUGGCGAAACUGUGCGACCGAUGGAGCUGAGGGCGGCCCUGAGAUCGAGGCGGGGCACUUCUUCACGUAUUUAUGGGCAUUGGAAGGCACGGCGCAAGGAGAAGAACUACGAAGGAGCUUGCGAAUGUCUUGGGAAGCGUUUUGGGGCGAGCCUUUGACCAAGUCACAAGGCCGUUCUGAGAGCAGCUCGGCGCCGCGCUGGACGGUGGCGGGCGCGGUAGCUGCGCUGAAGGGCUGGGCAUGGCGGGAGCCCUUCCUCCGCGCAGCGCGUAUACAGAUUUGCUGUGAACCCCUUUGGCUUUGCGUGCUGAUGCACGCAGCAGUGGGUUCCAGUCGACUUUUGGUACGUGUGAGCAUGUGUCUUUUGCAUUCCUUCUCCCAGAUCUUCGGAGAGCAGGAGUUGCCCCACUUUUGGCCUUUGGUACGUGCCAUGGGCUCUGAAGUCAAGGCCAUCAGUGCAGCAGCCAGGAUUUCCGCCGAGAUGUUGAACUUUCAAGCCGGCAUUCGACCACCGUAUGUGCCAGCAUUGUCUUUGCACGUGGAAGCAGCUGCUCAGUAUCGCCCCAACUCCCCAGAUGUGUUGCUGUUUCGCUUUCGCUUACCCGGAGCGCCGGGCUUCAUUCGAGUCCUCCAGAUGCUGUCAGAAGAGGCCAAAGCACAAGGCCUGCCAGUGGCCAGGAUUGUCAUCAUGGAUGCUUCGAAGAAAUCACUGAGCUUCCAAGAAAUUGGUCACUACAGGCUGCUGGCUCUACUUCCACACGUUCCGUAUGCUCAACGACUGCCAGAUGUCUUCGCGUUGGGAUCGCCCACCCUGGUGCCGGCGCAACCGUUGCUGCACAAAUUCAUGUGGCCCUUCGCGGGACCCUUCUGCGGACGCAGCGACCCGGACUUGUCACGCUCGGUGGAUCCGAUCAGUGGCAACAAUAGCUAUCCAUAUUCACCCUUCGAAUUCCAACAAAAGAUCUUUCAUCCUGGCCAUUUCGAAGAAGAUCGACGCUACUGGGCACAGUACACUGAAUGGGAGCUUUGGCCUCAUUUGAUCCGCUUCAGGAGUGCCAGGGAGAUGUUGCACCUUGCCACCAUGUCGCAGGAAGAAGCCUUUUCCAUCAGCCGACUCAUGCGGGCACAUCACCAAGUUCUGCGGAAGGACUCGCUCCAAUACUGGAGUAAAGCUUUGAGUGCCUGCCAGUAG